AUGCAAGAUGUGCUCCAUAAUAACCAGAAUGAAGAGAACGCUGAGGAUGACUAUGAGCUUGUAGAUAUGGAUGAUGGUGAUCAUGAAGAUGUAAACACUGACUCUGAUCAGGAUUAUAUUAAUGUAGAUCAGGAUGACUCUGAACCAGACUACAUCAAUGUGGAAACAGACGAUUCAGAAAAAGACUAUGUCAAUGUCGAACUUACAGAAUACCGAAGUACACUGGGCAAUAACUAUGAAGCCAGUGCUCUGACUUCUGUAACUGGUAAUUAUAGUAUCAGACUGGUGAAUGAUACAAAUGACUGCUCUGGAAGAGUUGAGAUCCUGUAUAAUGGCACAUGGGGGACAGUGUGUGAUGAUGACUGGGACAUGAAUGAUGCUGCUGUGGUGUGCAGACAGCUGGGAUAUGGAACAGCUGUUAGUGCACGUGGCAGUGCUAAUUUUAGCCAGGGUAGUGGUCAGAUCUGGUUGGAUGAUGUGGGAUGUUCAGGAAGUGAAUCAUUGCUCGCACAGUGCUCACAUCCUUCUAUUGGAACACAUAACUGUGGUCAUCAUGAAGAUGCAGGUGUCGUCUGCUUAGGUAAAAUACUAGACAUAAGGUUGGUCCGUGGGUUUGAUUCAUGCUGUGGGAGAGUGGAGAUCCGUUAUAAUGGCCAGUGGGGAACCGUGUGUGAUGAUAACUGGGACAUGAAUGAUGCUGCUGUGGUGUGCAGACAGUCACAGUGUGGAUCAGCCAUCAGUGCACCUCAUGGAGCCGCCUUUAGUCAAGGCAGUGGAUCGAUCUGGCUGGAUGAUGUUGAAUGCUCAGGAAGUGAAGGAGCCCUCACACAAUGUUCACACAGUGGACUAGGAAAACAUAACUGUAAACAUGGUGAAGAUGCUGGUGUUGUUUGUUCAGGUGAGCUGCAGAUGCCGACUCUUUCCCUGACCUCCACACAUGCAGCUGUUUCUCCUGGAGAACAUAUCCAGUUCAGUUGCACAACACCUAAACCAAGAUGCAAUGCUAAUGCUAAAUUCCAGCUCUUCAUGAACGGAUCAUCUAUAUCCUCCCAGACACAUGUAUCUAGUGUGACUUUCAACCUUGUUAAUGUAGACGUCUCACAUCAGGGCAGCUACAGCUGUCGUUACUCCUACCAAAACAACACU